AUGGAGCAUAUUGAAGACGCGCAGUUUUAUGGGAUAGACCCCAACGCAUCACCGUAUGAGAGCGUCGGAAGCAACACGACACCAGAUACGGAAUUCUCUCCUCCCGGAAGUCCAUUUCCAAAAGCUACCACCUCUAAAAAUUGCCGGUUGCUAGCUAGACAGAAGCUAGCCCAACUGGACCUCGAGGAGAAGGUAUCGCUACUUACUGCUGCGGACUUUUGGCGGACAAAGUCGAUACCGUCUAAAGGCAUCCCAGCUAUCAAGACGAGCGAUGGCCCUAAUGGCGCCCGGGGAGGCAUCUUUGUUGGGGGUACCAAGGCAGCCUUGUUCCCGUGUGGUAUCUCGCUUGCGGCUACCUGGAACAAAGAUCUGCUAUACACAGUUGGUCAGCAUUUAGCCGAUGAGGUCAGGGCCAGGUCGGCCAAUGUGCUUCUUGCUCCCACAGUCUGCAUGCAUCGUCAUCCUCUCGGCGGCCGAAAUUUCGAAUCUUUCUCGGAAGAUCCGCUCCUUACUGGCAAGCUCGCCUCUAGGUAUAUACAGGGGCUGCAGUCUAAAGGAGUCGCUGCGACCAUUAAGCAUUUCGUAGCAAAUGAGCAGGAAACUCAUCGGCUUACUAUCGAUUCAGCGAUGAUGGAACGUCCGUUGAGAGAGCUGUAUCUUCGGCCAUUCGAGAUAGCUGUACGAGAAGCGAACCCUUGGGCCGUCAUGUCUGCGUAUAACCUAAUCAACGGAACCCACGCCGACAUGAAUAACCACACGCUCAAAGAUAUACUGCGAGGAGAAUGGGGUUAUGACGGAACCGUCAUGUCCGACUGGGGCGGUGUCAAUUCGACUGUUGAGUCGAUAAAGGCAGGGUGUGAUAUAGAGUUCCCUUUUUCGUCCAAGUGGCGCUUCGACAAGGUCCUAAAAGCCAUCGACGAUGGUCAACUUACGAUUGAUGAUAUAAAUAUCGCCGCAGAAAACGUCUUGACUCUCGUCGAACGCACCAAGGGAGAUGAUAUGUCGGCAGAAGAAGCUGAGCGUGAAGACGACAGAGAAGAGACGAGGAUGUUGAUUCGUGAAGCGGGAGCAGAGGGUCUAACUUUGUUAAAGAACGAAGGGCAGAUUCUGCCACUCAACCCUAGAACCACCAAAGUCGCGGUCAUCGGCCCGAACGCCAACCGGGCCAUCGCCGGCGGUGGAGGUAGCGCUAGUCUUAACCCUUAUUAUAACACGCUUCCGCUCGAUAGCAUUAUGGCAGCGGCACAACAGGAAGUCGUAUAUGCCCAAGGAUGCCACAUUCAUAAAUGGCUUCCGGUCGCGUCGCCCUUCUGUACUGACAAGUCGGGCAAGCCGGGUGUGACUCUUGAUUGGUUUAGGGGAGAUCAGUUCCAGGGCAACGUAAUCGUCACACAGAGAAGGACGAAUACCGAUCUUUUCCUAUGGGACUCCGCACCACUGGCCCAGCUCGGCCCCGAAUGGUCAGCUAUAGCGACGACUUAUAUAACACCGACGACUACCGGAAAGCACACGAUCAGUUUUAUGAGUGUCGGUCCUGGAAGGCUGUACAUAGAUGGAAAGCUAGCUCUCGACCUCUGGAACUGGACGGAGGAAGGUGAGGCGAUGUUUGACGGUUCUAUCGACUAUAUGGUCGACGUCGAUAUGCAAGCUGGAAGGCCAGUACAGCUACGAGUGGAGAUGACGAAUGAGCUUCGACCAAUCGCCAAACAGAAGAUUUUCAACAUGACACAUAAAUACGGAGGUUGCCGUCUCGGCUUCAAGGAGGAAGAUCAGGUCGACUAUCUUCAGCAAGCUGUAGACGCAGCAAGAGAAGCAGACGUCGCCGUCGUUAUUGUUGGGCUCGAUGCCGAAUGGGAAUCCGAAGGAUAUGACCGAAAGACGAUGGACCUCCCUUCCGACGGAAGCCAAGAUCGUUUGAUCGAGGCUGUCGUAAAGGCUAAUCCGCGAACGGUUGUAGUCAAUCAAUCCGGCUCACCGGUAACCAUGCCUUGGGCGGACCAAGUACCGACCAUCAUCCAGGCUUGGUAUCAGGGCCAAGAAGCUGGAAACGCGUUAGCAGACGUCUUAUUCGGGCGGCGGAACCCCAGUGGUAAACUCCCAACAACUUUCCCUCGGCGAAUCGAAGACACUCCCGCGUACCACAACUGGCCCGGCGAAAACUCACGUGUUCUAUACGGUGAAGGCAUAUACAUCGGAUAUAGACACUACGAUCGGACGAGCAUCGCACCCUUGUUCCCGUUCGGUCACGGCCUCUCAUAUACGACGUUCGAAUAUGGCCGACCGUCCCUUAGCCGGAGGACACUGACGGAGUCGGCACCAAUUCACCUAAUCAUGGCGGUCACCAACACCGGAAGCGUAGCUGGCUCAGAGACGGUCCAGAUAUAUGUUAGAGACGACAAGUCGAGGCUGCCUCGCCCCGAGAAAGAAUUGGUAGCGUUCGAGAAGGUAUCGCUCCAGCCAGAAGAAACUAAGCAUAUCAUCAUCCCGCUGGAUAAGUACGCAGUUGGAUACUAUGAUGACUCAGUUCCGGCAUGGAUCGCGGAGGAGGGCACAUUUAAAGUGCUGAUAGGGGCGUCGGCGACUGAUAUCAGACAUUCGAUCCCGUUUGAUGUUAAAGAAUCGUUCACUUGGACAUUUUAA